AUGGCACUUAAGGGUCGUAUUCGGUUCAUCGACGAAAAGCUUUUGGCCGUGGUUGUCGUAUAUGUCGAGGGACUUCAAUAUGAAGCCGAACGCUACGAUUUGUUAAAGAAUGAGAGCUCGUUAUCAAUUGAUUGGCUUCCAAUGUCCCACGAUGUCGUCGAAACCUCCAGAAGGCCACCGACGCUGAGAAGUGUACAUUUUGUAGACGUCGGUGAUCACACAAGCGCAAUUGUUGUCGAACUAUCAUUUGAUGUGCUGAAUAUGAAGCUGAGAUCGACCUAUGAAAUAAGGAUCAAUUCCUUAUACGAUCGUCAUUGCAAUCAAUUUGUGCACCUUUCCUCGCAUGCAGCAAUGAAUGUCACAUUCGCAUGCGAGCGUAUUAUUGGCGCUGAUUGCACUGGAGCUCUGAAAAUAGACCAUCACGCGGUGUGCAAUUUUAUGCGCUCCUAUCACACGCGUGUCAUUGAGAAUCCGAAAUUGGAAAAGCAUGAGAUUGAUGUGAUCAUUGCCAUUGAAAAACGGGAUGAACGCUAUAAAAAGCUGAAAUAUUUCAUUGCAUAUUACGGACCUUGUGAAACUUCGAGUUUGAACAAUGACAUUGGUGAAUGCAUUCUAGAUCUGCAGAAAGCAGAAGUCAAACGCCUAUGCGUUCCCAAUAAACUGAAUUGCUCCUAUGAUCGUUCAUUUAGUCUCACCAUUGUAAAUUUUGAUACAAAUAACAAGUACGGUGUGCAAUUAUGCGGUGUGAUUGACAGACGAUUGGAGCAACCGCCGUUGGUGGAUGGUGUGAGCAAAGUGAUGGCGGAUAUGCUCGCGGUAUCCGCUGCGACCACUUCGAUGAGUGUCUCAUCCGUCAACACCCUUCUCAGAACGCUCAUCGGCUACGCCUUCGUAAUCGCGUUUCUUCUCGUUGUUCUAUCGAUUUUUGUCAUCUACAAAUGUUCAACGGGAAAAUUUCGAUGUAGAGUACAUGAGAAAAAUGUUGAUCAAUACGUGAUUGAUGACAGCAGCUUGAAGCUUUUUGAAGAUUCCGUUAUCGGUGCUGGAAGAUUCAGUAACGUUUACCUGGGACAACUUUCGACAGAUUGGCAUGGUCCGGUAGUUCUUGAUGAUCAACAAAGGGUAGCUGUUAAAAGUAAUCGGCAUAUGGGCAAAAAUGAAAAGCGUUUGUUCAUCGAUGAGAUCGAAGGCUCUAAGGUAGUUGGAAGGCAUUCAAGAAUUGUUGCCUUUAUUGGAACUGUCGUCCUCAAUGGAAGUCUGCUUCAUGUCAUGGAGUAUUGUGGCAAUGGAAAUCUGUUGGACUAUUUGGUUUCAAGGCGAAAGUAUAUGGUUGAGCUUCAAGAAAACGGCAUUGAUUUGAAUGGCUCGUUGGCAAGCAUCACUGAGAUCAAUUUUGACGCGGUAAUUUCCGUUCACGAUUUGCAUCGAAUCGCAUCGCAAAUCUGUUCGGGAAUGGCUUAUCUUUCAUCGAAAUCAAUUGUGCACAAUGCCCUGUGUUCUCGCCACGUUCUAAUGACUCUUGAUCAUAACGUGAAAAUCUCGGAUUUCGGUUUCGUUUCGACACCCAACACCCCAACAUGCACUCCAGUCGACGGUCUUCAGAAAUGGAAUGCGUUAGAGCUUCUUCGCGGCGAGACCUCAACAUCGCUUUCUGACUCGUGGUCUUUUGGCGUCGUCCUUUGGGAGAUUUUUACAAUGGGCGGCCGCCCAUACUAUAAUAUACCCGAUGAGGCAAUUCGAGGAUUGAUCGAGAAAGGUUUCAGAUUACAGAAACCGGAUAACUGCUCUAUUCAAUUGUACCAAUUGAUGCGAGAAUGCUGGUUUGACCAGCCAUCAGAUCGACCGCAAUUUCAGCAAAUGCAGACGAGGCUGACCACAUUGGCUCAGCAAAGAUCGCCGGAGUCGAUGAACUUCAUGACGAUCUCAACACUUUGCGAUUAUUACAUUGAAGAUCAGAAUUCGACAAAAGUGAACACCAACAUCAGAAAAGGAAGUCAUAAUGAUCCAGACGUCAACGACGCAGCAGCGAUGAUAUCAGAAUCUGAAAGAUUAUUGGGAUUCAGAUUUUGA